UGUCUCACCAUGCUACUGAAAAAGCUGGUUGGAAAUAGAAAGAAAGAGAAAGAGAAAGAGAGAGCAUUUCUAGAGAAUGGAAGCAAGGUUUUGGAGAAGCUGGUUGCCUCUUGUAAUGGCAGGCCUAUUCCCAUCCGUACCUUCUCCUACGAAGAGCUUAGCCGAGCAACGAAUAACUUUGAUCAUCGCCUUGUUCUAGAUAAACACCUGUGGUAUAUAUUGUACAAGGGUUCUUUUGAAGGCCGGACUAUUUCCGUUAAGAAGUAUGAAAUGUUGGAGUCCACGGAGGAACUUGAUUUUCCCUUCACUGAUAUAGCUAUUUCUGCAAAGAUGAGCCCUCACAAGAAUGCUCUAAAGCUGCUCGGGUGCUGCCUCGAGACUCGAUUUCCUAUUUUGGUGCUUGAAUCGGUUGAAAACGGAACCCUUAAAGAUCGAAUUUGUGCCUCUAGCGAUGAUGAAGCUCAACAAAAGCUUCGGCCCAUGGCGUGGCAGAGCAGGUUAAAGAUUGCAAGAGAAAUUGCUCAUGCAAUUGCAUAUCUACACACUGCGUUCUCUAGACCCAUCAUCCACAGGGACAUACAACCGCACAAUAUCUUCUUUGACCAACAUGAUGUUCCGAAACUGUCUGAUUUUUCAAUUUCUGUAUCGAUCCCAGAGGGGGAAACUCACGUAGAAGAUUUGGUGCAUGGGACUUAUGGAUUCGCAUGCCCCCAACAUGUUGCUACGGGCCGGGUAACGGAGAGGAGUGACGUUUAUGGCUUCGGGAUGCUUCUAUUGCAGCUUAUAACUGGACAGCCUUCUAAGAAUAUGUGCUCUCAUCCGAGCUUAGCGAAUUGCAUUAGAAACAAUGCUAUAAAUGAGAUCGUCGAUCCUGCAAUUUUGGCUGGGGAAGGAGGAGCCGGUGUGGAGUGGCAGUUGCUAGCUGUGUUGGAGCUUGUUCUCAUAUGUAGAAAUGAGGAUUCGGAGUUAAGGCCAAAUAUGGUUGAUGUUACAAAAGAACUCAGGCGGAUUGAGAAGUCGGUCGUCGUAUGAUUAUUUCCUCACUUGGAACAACCAAUUUCCUCUGUAAAAAUUAAUCAUGAAAUAAGGGACAAUUUAUGGCUCUUCUUGAUCACUUGUAAUGGUUAUUUUCUCACUUGGGUAGUCCAAAUUUAUUUGUAAACAUCAGUUACCUAUAAUAUGGAUCAGUUUAUG